CUCCCAUGUCAUUUUAAUUUGGAAAAUUAUUCUACCAACUGUUGUAAUUCUUUUUUGUAACUUGAGGAAGAAGAGAGUUAUCCUUGUGAAAGAUGAAGUUUGUUUUGGGAAUUCAUCCUAAUGCGCUGGCGUAUUCCAUGACUACGUUAGGUGCUGGAAUGAUGAACAGUAUCUUUAAUUUCUACUAUGUUAAGCUUUUCCUAAACCGAUACAAAAUCUCAGAAGUAGCAUUUCAUCAAGCACAGGUUGUAUUUAUGAUAUGGAAUGCCAUUAAUGAUCCUCUUUUUGGGUAUAUUCAAGAUAACUCCAAAUUUGCGUGCUGCUCAAGGCGCCAGUUUUCAAUUUUAUAUGGAGCUCCUUUAUAUGCGUUAGCCUUUUUGCUUCCUUGGUUUCCUUGGAAACAUUAUGAAGAAGGUGACUGGCUAAGUGGACUUCACCUCAUUGUUGCAUUAUGUGCUUUUGAUGGUUUGCUUACAUUUGUGCUUCUAGCGCAGUGUGCGCUUUUUGCAGAAAUUUCAACAAGACAUGAAAGUAGGCUUCAGCUCAUUAAAUAUAACCAAGUAGCAACAUUAAUCGGCUCAACAAGCAUUCUCUUUUGUGGCCUCAUAUCAGAUAAUAUGGAAAAUUUUGCCUAUUUUCAGGCUUUCGCUGUUUUGGUCGCAGCAUUAGCAACAGCUUGUAUGUGUUACACAGGCAAAUAUAGUACUAGUCAAUAUGAGCAGAGAGAAAUUUGUACAGAGAAUGCUAAUCUGGAAAAUGGUGAUGGAGCUCUCUCCUGGUCCUCGGUAAUUUCAUUGACCAAACAGAUUAUGACAGAGAAAAACUUUUUAUUUUUUGUAACGAUGAACUUCUUCCAAGUCUUCCAUCUAGCCUUCUGCAACAAUUUUAUGAUGAUCUUUGCGGAUAAUCUUAUUCCUAAGGAUGUCCUUUCUUCCUCAAUAAGAAGUAUCAUUUAUGGAGCAGGCUUUAUUUGUCCUCAGUGCCUUGUUCUUCUCAGUCAUGCUUCGUUGAAGAAGUUUGGUUAUUACAGAAUCAUCUUGUUUUCCUUUUACUUUGAAGGAGUAGCUGCUGCUGUCAUGUUUGUUCUAGGGCCAGAACGCUAUUAUCUGUUGGCAUUUUAUCUCACAACAAACAUGGUAAUUGUACAAGCUUCAUUUAGUUUGUUCAAUUUGCCUUUGGCAGAUAUUGUUGAUGCAGAUUUAAUAAAGCACAAGCGGAGAUCACCACUUUCCUCUAUGGUUUUUGGUACCAAUGCUUUAUUUACCAAGCCUGCCCAAUCUUUGGCUCCAAUGCUUGUGGUUACAAUACUAAAUCAAUUUGGAUAUGAGAACCUGAAUAAUGAAGUUGCUCAAUCUGAUCCAAGUUUGUUUCUAGGUCUUCAUGAUACCAUGUUCUAUUUGAUCUGUCUGGUUCCACUUUGCAUUGCAGUCAUACAGAUCCUGACGUGGACUCCCUUUUCAAUCCAGAAUAGUCAUAUGACAGCUGUACGCUAAAUAUGUAACAGUUGCUCAGUAAAUCUUCUGCUGAACUGUACCACAAAAGAGUUAGUAUGUUUUAAAUGUGAAAAAGCAAAAUUGCAUCAAAUGGACUAUUAGACCAAACACAGUUUCAAUAAAGUUGCAUUCUUCAGUCUAUAUAGACUGUAACACAGAUCACAUUCAGCCUUAAUGCUGAGCCUACACAGAGUUUUUUCUAGUUCAGUUGUUUGCCUUUAAUGGGAUUUAUCCUUAGUUACUAAAUAAAGUCAUUUCUGGUAUAUACUGGUCACUGCUCACUCCUUUGAAGAAUGGAUGUGGCAGAUCAGGUAAAGGAAUCCCAACCCAGCACCUGGAAUUCAAGGGAACUGUAUUUUCUUAAGCUUACUGAAAGAUGGUGGAUUAAUUUUGCCAUACUGAUAAAAUGGCAGAUCUCUGAAGUUAAUCUGGAAGAGCCUGGUGGACAUCCCUCAUGGAUGGCAGGGAGAUGAAGAGAAAAAUUUAGAUGGUUUCUAGCUGACCAAUAUCAAGACAAAUCCGACAGCUACCAUAGGAAGAGCCAAGAGUAAUUGACUACCCUGUAAAAGUCCGUGUAAGGCUAAAGAAAAAAAAGAUUAAAAUGCUGUUCAUUAAAGUGUUGCUGGAUAUGGAAAAAGCUCCAUAGGUCCUCACUGGCUUUCCGAAUGUCUCUAGUUGGUGGUAGGUAGAUGCGGUUUUCCGGCUUUAAAUGGGAAAAUUAUUUUGAAGGUACCAUAUUGUUAGUACUUCAUACAGAAUGUCAUUGUGGUAAGAAAAACAUUAGCGUGUGGAUGUAGUAGUGUUCAGUUAGUUGGACAAAUCUAAGCACACACAUAUGGAAUCAAACUCUACCUGCUUGGUAGUGUUACAUGGGCAAACUCAUUUGAUGUGCUGACAGUUGAAGUUAAUUUCUGAUUAAUCAAGUCAAAGUUAGUUAAUUUCCGAUUAAUUCUUACCAAAAUCUUUUCAGUUAAGCUUUUAAAUGGAUCCUGUGAUUUUUAUAAAAUAAAGUUUUUUUGACAAAAUUU